GAAGAAGAAGUGACGUAGCUCCUCUCCGCUGUUCCCAUUGGCUCUCACAGCUCCAGCCGGUCAGCUGAUCAGAGCAGCGGAGAGGCUACUGGAGGCUGCUGGAGGCUACUGGAGGCUACUGGAGGCUACGCUCUGCUCUUUAGUCUUAUUCAAACUACACCUUAGACAUUUGGACUAAAGCUUCGCCUCCAUAGGAAGAGGAGGGAGAGGAGGGAGAAGAGGAAGAGGAGGGAGAGGAGCGCCGUUAAAGCCGCCAGCUGAUCCGGUGACUCCCACUGAUACCGACCACAUCCGGUCUGGAUAUGAACUCUGAGAUUAGCUUCACUUCAGCUCCAGUUUCACUGCUGUAGAGAGAAGAGCUGCACCUCCAGACAGAGAGACACACACAGACAGACAGGUAGACACAGAGAGAGACAGACAGGUAUACACAGAGAGACAGACAGGUGGAGAGACAGAAAGACAGACAGCUAGAGAGACAGACAGAGAGGUAGACAGGGGGUUACCUGUCUGCGGGGUCCAGAUGGGGAACAGUGCUCUGAAGUCUCACCUGGAGACGUCCCAGAAGACCGGGGUGUUCCAGCUGACAGCGAAGGGUCUUCAGGAGUUCCCGGAGGAGCUGCAGAGACUCACCAGCAACCUCCGGACCGUCGACCUGUCAGGGAACAAGAUCGAGGUCCUUCCCCCCGCCGUCGGGAACUUCCUCCAGCUCAAGAGUCUCACGCUGAACUCCAACAGACUGGAUCUCGCUGCUGGCGGCAGAGGUGUCUCUGUGUCCCCGUCUGAAGGUCCUCCGUCUGGAGGAGAACUGCCUGGAGCUGUCCUCCAUCCCCGAGUCCAUCCUGAAGGACUCCCAGGUGUCCUUGUUCUCAGUGGAGGGAAACCUGUUCGAGGUCAGGAACCUCCGAGACCUGGAGGGCUACGACAAGUACAUGGAGCGCUUCACGGCCACCAAGAAGAAGUUCACCUGAAGACGCUCAACGGUGAGUCUGAACCUCAGAGCGCCACCUGGGAGGGGCGGGGUCAGCUGAGACUCCGCCCCCCACCAACGCCACUGCCGUUGCCACCGCCGCCGCCGCUGCUGCUGCUGCUUCUUCUUCUGCUGCUGCGACAAACCAGACCUGCCCCCCCCCCACCACCUGGACCACAUGAGAAGACCUGCUGCUUCCUGUCUGUCUCAUCUCGACACGGAGAAACUGAUUUAACACCAGAGAAGAAGAAGCUGGUGCCGUUAACCCUUCGCUGUGUUCCCAGUGGACAGCAGAGACUCAGGGAUGCGUUCACAGUAACACUACGUUCACUAACGUUCACUAACGUUCACUAACGUUCCUCUCUUUAAGUUAUUAUUUCCUUUAACCUGUAAAAGUCUAUAUCUAUAUAUCUAUAUAUCUAUAUAUCUAUAUAUCUAUAUCUGAUCUGUUUGAGGGGGAGACUCAGAAGAGUUGAACUUGAAUGUAACGCUGGUUGAUCUCAGUCUAGUUUCUCUGGUUCAGCAGGAAGUCGAGGAUUCACAGCUGAAAUAAUAAAUCAAACAUCACAGAAUCAUCUGCAACAAUCUGAAGUCAAUAUUUAAAAUAAAUAAAUCACCUCUCAGACGUGAAUCUGCUGGUUUUGGACACUUGAAGACGUGAAUCUGCUGGUUUUGGACACUUGAAGACGUCCAUUUGGACGUUUUUACACAAAAGAAUAAAUCCAGAAUAUCAGAUGAAUCUAAUAACUGUUAAUAUGUUAAUAGAUUACAAUCCUCCGUCAGAGAGAGUUUAAAUGAUGAGAUCAGAGCAGAUCAAUACGUUGUGAUCGGCGUAUCUUCAUGUUAAAACACAUGAAGAGGAAGAAGAAGAAGAGCAGUGUGAAUGUGACGAAGGAAAGAAAUUAACAUUUAGAUGAAAAGUUAAAAGAAUAUUAAAACAUAUUGAAAUCUGUCGAUCCGUUUCAGAUGAUCAAUAACAGGUUGUGAUUAAUAUCUGACCCGUGUUCUGAAGGAGAGAGUUUUACUUUCUGUUUGUCAUGUCCUGGAACAUUAAUUAAUAAAUGAAUAUCUGAUGAAUUGAACUCGAUCUGAGAGCAGAGCAGCUGGUAUCUAACAUCCUGUUUCAGAUGAUGAUGAUGAUGAGGUGGUUUAUUCUGAUUCAGUAGAUAAUGGACAGAGACUCAUUGAAGGACAUUAACACACAUAUUAUUAUUAUUGUUAUUAUUAUUGAUCAUGUUUGGACUUCCUGUUUCCUGUCUUUAAUGUGAAACACUAACUCGUGUCUACUUCCUGUCCGCUGCAUGUUUAAAGUAUUCUUCUAUAUAAAGCAUGUACAGCGUUAAAUAAAGCUCCGUGUCAUAUUUCA